AAGCCAGGAAGGAAGAAGGGAGGGCUGCAGGGCUGUGUGUGCGGGAAAUAGAGAGGAAAGAGAAGAAAUCCGGGAGCUCGCGGGCGCUCCGGCUGCAAUCGCGCCCCCCUUAUCUGUCCCCGCCGUUCCCCUUCGGAACGUGCCCCAGGCACACUUCCCCGUCUUUCUAGUCUCCUCUGGUUCUCCCGACACCCGGUCUCCCUCUUAAACGCCUCAUCCCCCUUCCCUUGCUCCCUCCCUCUCCCUCCCUCCCAUCGUCAGGCUCCCCGCCCUUAGUAUCGCGAGACGAGGUGAGAGCUGGCGGAACGGCGGCGGCGGCGGCGGCAGUAGAGGUGACCGAGGCGGUGGCGGCGGAGGCGGCACCGAUUGCUGUGUCGGCCCCAGUGCGGCCGAAGUCGCGGUAGAGCGUAGCCCCCACGCCCCUCCCCCGUCCGCGCCCUCCCUCUUUCCCUGGGGAUGGAGAAGGCGACGGUUCCGGUGGCGGCGGCGACGGCUGCAGAAGGAGAAGGGAGCCCCCCGGCGGUGGCGGCUGUGGCGGGCCCCCCCGCGGCGGCGGAGGUCGGCGGCGGCGUUGGCGGCAGCAGCGGAGCUCGCUCGGCCUCGUCUCCUCGUGGGAUGGUGCGAGUCUGCGACCUGCUCCUGAAGAAGAAGCCGCCGCAGCAGCAGCACCACAAGGCCAAGCGUAACCGGACUUGCCGACCCCCUAGCAGCAGCGAAAGCAGCAGCGACAGCGACAACAGCGGCGGCGGUGGAGGCGGCGGUGGAGGCGGAGGUGGCGGCGGCGGCACCAGCAGUAACAACAGCGAGGAAGAAGAGGACGACGACGACGAGGAAGAGGAGGUUUCUGAGGUGGAGUCUUUCAUUUUGGAUCAGGAUGAUUUGGAAAAUCCAAUGCUGGAAACAGCUUCCAAGUUGCUCUUAUCAGGUACUGCUGAUGGUGCAGACCUCAGGACAGUAGAUCCAGAAACACAGGCUAGACUGGAAGCUUUACUAGAAGCUGCAGGAAUAGGCAAAUUGUCCACGGCUGAUGGUAAAGCCUUUGCAGAUCCUGAAGUACUCCGGAGGUUGACAUCGUCUGUUAGUUGUGCGUUGGAUGAAGCUGCUGCUGCACUUACCCGUAUGAGAGCUGAAAGCACAGCAAAUGCAGGGCAGUCGGACAACCGCAGUUUGGCAGAAGCCUGUUCAGAAGGAGAUGUAAAUGCUGUGCGAAAGUUACUUAGAGGGCGAAGUGUAAAUGAACACACAGAGGAAGGGGAGAGCCUCCUUUGCUUAGCUUGUUCUGCUGGAUACUAUGAGCUUGCACAGGUUUUGUUGGCAAUGCAUGCAAAUGUGGAAGAUAGGGGAAUCAAAGGUGACAUUACACCUUUAAUGGCUGCUGCUAAUGGAGGACAUGUCAAAAUUGUGAAGUUGCUGCUAGCUCAUAAAGCAGAUGUUAAUGCACAGUCUUCAACAGGCAAUACAGCACUUACAUAUGCUUGCGCUGGAGGCUAUGUAGAUGUUGUAAAGGUGCUCUUGGAAUCCGGUGCUAGUAUUGAGGACCAUAAUGAAAAUGGUCAUACCCCUCUUAUGGAAGCUGGAAGUGCUGGACAUGUGGAGGUAGCCAGAUUGCUGCUAGAAAAUGGGGCUGGCAUUAAUACGCAUUCCAAUGAAUUUAAAGAGAGUGCCCUUACCUUAGCUUGUUACAAAGGACACUUAGAGAUGGUGCGAUUUCUUUUGGAAGCAGGCGCGGAUCAAGAGCAUAAAACAGAUGAAAUGCACACUGCUCUAAUGGAGGCUUGCAUGGAUGGCCAUGUUGAAGUAGCUAGGUUACUUCUUGACAGCGGUGCCCAAGUGAACAUGCCUGCUGAUUCAUUUGAGUCACCAUUAACUUUGGCUGCAUGUGGUGGGCAUGUGGAACUUGCAGCUUUACUUAUUGAAAGAGGAGCUAGCCUGGAAGAGGUCAAUGAUGAAGGUUAUACACCACUGAUGGAAGCAGCUCGAGAAGGACAUGAAGAAAUGGUGGCAUUACUUCUAGGUCAAGGAGCAAAUAUCAAUGCACAGACAGAAGAAACUCAAGAAACUGCCUUGACUCUGGCUUGCUGUGGAGGCUUUCUGGAAGUGGCAGACUUUCUAAUUAAGGCAGGAGCCGAUAUAGAACUAGGGUGUUCUACCCCUUUAAUGGAAGCUGCUCAAGAGGGUCAUUUGGAGUUAGUUAAAUACUUAUUAGCUGCAGGAGCUAACGUUCAUGCAACAACAGCAACAGGGGAUACAGCACUAACAUAUGCCUGUGAAAAUGGUCAUACUGAUGUAGCAGAUGUCUUACUUCAGGCAGGCGCAGAUCUGGAACAUGAAUCUGAGGGUGGAAGAACUCCUUUAAUGAAAGCUGCAAGAGCUGGUCAUGUUUGUACUGUUCAGUUCUUAAUCAGUAAAGGUAGGUUUGUAUAAAACAAACCACAGCUAAUAAUGACCAUACUGCUGUCCCUGGCUUGUGCAGGGGGUCAUCUGGCAGUGGUGGAACUACUUUUGGCUCACGGGGCAGAUCCUACUCACCGUUUGAAAGAUGGCUCAACUAUGUUGAUAGAAGCUGCAAAAGGUGGCCAUACAAGUGUUGUUUGCUAUCUCUUGGAUUAUCCUAAUAACUUGCUUUCAGCCCCUCCACCAGAUGUCACUCAGUUAACUCCCCCAUCCCACGAUUUAAAUAGGGCUCCUCGUGUACCGGUUCAAGCACUGCCCAUGGUUGUUCCACCUCAGGAGCCUGACAAACCACCUGCCAAUGUUGCCACCACACUUCCCAUCAGGAAUAAAGCUGCUUCUAAACAAAAGUCCAGCAGCCAUUUGCCAGCAAACAGCCAGGAUGUACAGGGUUACAUCACCAAUCAGUCUCCAGAGAGCAUUGUAGAAGAGGCUCAGGGAAAGUUAACAGAACUGGAACAGAGGAUAAAAGAAGCCAUAGAAAAGAAUGCACAGCUGCAGUCCUUGGAACUGGCUCAUGCUGACCAACUUACCAAGGAGAAGAUCGAGGAGCUGAACAAAACAAGGGAGGAACAAAUUCAGAAGAAACAAAAGAUUUUGGAGGAACUACAGAAAGUAGAACGAGAGUUACAACUGAAAACUCAGCAACAGCUAAAAAAGUAUCUAGAGGUUAAAGCUCAAAGAAUUCAACUUCAGCAACAGCAGCAACAGUCUUGCCAACACCUGGGAUUACUAACUCCUGUUGGAGUUGGAGAACAGCUUUCUGAGGGAGACUAUGCACGGUUACAGCAAGUGGAUCCUGUUUUGCUUAAAGAUGAACCCCAGCAAACUGCUGCUCAGAUGGGUUUUGCACCAAUCCAGCCUCUGGCGAUGCCUCAAGCUUUGCCUCUGGCGGCAGGUCCCUUGCCUCCAGGGUCCAUCGCAAAUCUUACAGAACUGCAAGGAGUGAUAGUUGGACAGCCAGUACUGGGCCAAGCACAGUUGGCAGGGCUGGGGCAAGGAAUUCUGACAGAAACACAACAAGGGUUAAUGGUAGCCAGCCCUGCUCAGACCCUCAAUGACACGCUGGAUGACAUCAUGGCAGCAGUCAGUGGAAGAGCAUCUGCAAUGUCAAACACUCCUACCCACAGUAUCGCUGCAUCCAUUUCCCAACCUCAGACUCCAACUCCAAGUCCUAUCAUCUCUCCUUCAACCAUGCUUCCUAUCUACCCUGCCAUUGAUAUUGAUGCACAGACUGAGAGUAAUCAUGACACGGCGCUAACACUUGCCUGUGCUGGUGGCCACGAGGAACUGGUACAGACACUGCUAGAGAGAGGAGCUAGUAUAGAGCACCGAGACAAGAAAGGUUUUACUCCACUCAUUUUGGCUGCCAGCUGGUCAUGUUGGUGUUGUGGAAAUAUUGCUGGACAAUGGUAGACAUUGAAGCUCAGUCAGAAAGAACCAAGGACACACCACUCUCCUUGGCCUGUUCUGGGGGAAGACAGGAGGUAA